CUCACCAGCAAAGCCUGGAAGCCCAUGGGAAGCUUGGAUACCACAGGAGUAGGACUGGGUCCUCUGUAAAGGACUACUCACCGGAAUAUUUCUGAAGUAUCUUGUGGAAUAACUCCCAGUCUCAGAUACUGAGGCCUUUACAACUCAGCGGAACCAUCCUCACCCUCGCGGGAGGCUAUAAAGAUCAAGAAUAAUGGAGGCCAGCAGGAAGUUCAUUUGCAGACAAAGGCAAGUCCUUUUCUUCUUUCUCUUCUUGGGCUUAGCUCAGGCGGGCUCUGAACUUAAGCGCUAUUCUGUGGUGGAGGAAACUGAGGGGAGCUCUUUUGUAACCAAUUUAGCAAAAGACCUGGGUCUGGGGCAGGGGGAGCUCUCCAGGAGAGGGGCUAGGGUCAUUUCCAAAGGAAACAAACUGCAUUUGCAGCUCGAUCAGGAGACUGGGGAUUUAUUGCUAAAUGAGAAACUGGAUCGCGAGGAACUGUGUGGUCACACAGAGCCCUGUGUGCUGCGCUUCCAGGUGAUGCUAGAGAAUCCUUUAGAGUUUUUUCAAGGUGAGCUACAAGUAGUAGACAUAAAUGACCAUGCUCCAGUGUUCAUGGACAGAGACAUGUUGCUAAAAAUAUCAGAGAGCAGUCCUCCUGGCACAACGUUUCCUCUGAAGCACGCUCAAGAUGUCGAUGUUGGCCAAAAUAAUAUUGAAAACUAUAUAAUCAGUCCCAACUCCUAUUUUCGGGUCCUCACCCGCAAACGCAGUGAUGGCAGGAAAUAUCCCGAACUUGUGCUGGACAAAGUGCUGGAUAGGGAGGAGGAGCCUGAGCUCAGAUUAACCCUCACUGCUCAAGAUGGCGGUUCUCCACCCAGGUCUGGCAUUGCUCAGGUCUCCAUCGAAGUCGUGGAUAUCAAUGAUAACGCCCCUGAAUUUGAGCAGCCUUUCUAUAGGGUGCAGAUCCCUGAAGACAGCCCCAUAGGCUUCCUGAUUGUCAAGGUCUCUGCUACGGAUGUAGACAUAGGAGUCAAUGGAGAGAUUUAUUAUUCAUUUUUACAGGCUCCAGAAGAGAUUACCAGAACCUUUGAGAUCAACGCCAUGACAGGAGAAAUUCGACUGAAAAAACAACUUGAUUUCGAGACAGCUCAGUCCUAUGAAGUCAAUAUUGAGGCCAGGGAUACUGGAAGUCUCUCUGGGAAAUGCACCGUUCUGACUCAAGUGAUGGAUGUGAACGACAAUGCCCCAGAAAUCACCAUGUCUGCACUUACCAAACAGAUCCCUGAGAACUCGCCUGAGACUGUGGUUGCAGUUUUCAGUGUUUCAGAUCUUGAUUCGGAAGAGAAUGGGAAAAUAAGUUGCUCCAUUCAGGACGAUCUACCUUUUUUCCUGAAAUCUUCCACAGAAAACUUUUACACCUUAGUAACAGAGAGACCACUAGAUAGAGAGAUCAGAGCGGAAUACAACGUCACCAUCACCGUCACAGAUAUGGGGACCCCCAGGCUGAAAACCGAGCACAACAUAACCGUGCGGGUGUCCGACGUCAACGACAACGCCCCCGCCUUCACCCAGACCGCCUACACCCUGCGGGUGCGCGAGAACAACAGCCCCGCCCUGCACAUCGGCAGCGUCAGCGCCACAGACAGAGACGCGGGCGCCAACGCCCAGGUCACCUACUCGCUGCUGCCGCCCCACGACCCGCACGUGCCCCUCGCCUCCCUGGUGUCCGUCAACCCGGACAACGGCCACCUGUUCGCCCUGAGGUCGCUGGACUACGAGGCCCUGCGGGCCUUCGAGUUCCGCGUGGGCGCCGCCGACCGCGGCUCGCCGCCGCUCAGCAGCCAGGCGCUGGUGCGCGUGCUCGUGGAGGACGCCAACGACAACGCGCCCUUCGUGCUGCACCCGCUGCAGAACGCCUCGGCGCCCUGCACCGAGCUGGUGCCCAGGGCGGCCGAGGCGGGCUACCUGGUGACCAAGGUGGUGGCGGUGGACGGCGACGCGGGCCAGAACGCCUGGCUGUCGUACCAGCUGCUCAAGGCCACGGAGCCCGGGCUGUUCGGCGUGUGGGCGCACAACGGCGAGGUGCGCACGGCCCGGCCGCUGAGCGAGCGCGACGCGGCCAAGCAGCGGCUGGUGGUGCAGGUCAAGGACAACGGCGAGCCGCCGCUGUCGGCCAGCGUCACGCUGCACGUGCUGCUGGUGGACGGCUUCUCGCAGCCCUACCUGCCGGCCCCGGAAGCGGAAGCGGCGGACGCGGGCCCGGCCGACCCGCUCACCGUCUACCUGGUGGUGGCCUUGGCGUCGGUGUCGUCGCUCUUCCUCUUCUCGGUGCUGGUGUUCGUGGCGGUGCGGCUGUGCAGGAGGGGCGGGGCGGCCUCGGUGGGCCGCCGCUCGGUGCCCGAGGGCCACUUUCCGGGCCAGCUGGUGGACGUCAGCGGCACGGGGACCCUGUCCCAGAGCUACCAGUACGAGGUGUGUCUGACGGGAGGCUCAGGAACCACCAGCGAGUUCAAGUUCCUGAAACCCAUUGUCCCCAAUCUUGUAUCCCAAAGUACAGGGAGGAAAGUGGAAGAAAGUCCCGCGUUUCGGAGUAGCUUUGGGAUUUAAUUGAUAGGAACUUAUCUAAUAAAGACAUUUUUUCUCAUAUUUUUUGUUUAAAUUUUUUUACCACCACCACCAAUAAGGUAUUAUUUAAUUUUCUCUAUGUUGUUUAUCCUCAAUUUCCAACUUCAUGUUACACUUAAGAAGUUUCCUUUCAUUCAUAUUUUAGCCCAAUGAAAUUUUCUCACCAGAAUCCUCUAAUGAAUGAAAUAGGCUUUAUCAUCAAAGUUGAUAUCACUUAACAUUUUUUCCCACUUUAUAGAUGUCUUUAUUGACUUUGUGUUUACAUUUUAAAUUUCAGUUCUCCUAUUCCUAGCUCUUCUUCAGUUGUUAAAAUAAACUGCAUGUGAUGUUUAUAUUUACUAUUUGAUAUUUCUUUUAUUUUUCUUUCAA